UUAAAAUAAAAACCUAGAAGUGAAUAGUCUUUAAAGUGUUGCUUCUAAAUACCUGUUUUUUCUUUCUACAAAACAGCUUCGUGUUAUGUUGCAGCCAGAGUCGACCUUAUCUUCCAAACUAUUUAGACCAGUUCGAUAAGCAUUCUUUUGAUACGGUAUAAAGACGAAACAAAAUGUCUAUUUCCAACAAAUUAGCUCAAGCCGUGGUGGAAAGACUUCUAAGGCAGCGAUACUCCGAAGAGUUUUGCGAUGUAGUAAUCCGUGUUGAAAAAACGGAAUUCAGAUGUCACAAGUUCAUUCUUUCCGCCUGCUCCAAAUACUUCAAGGAACUAUUCGAAGAACAUACAGUAGAUGGUCAAGAUCUCGAAUUUACCAGCGCUGAAACUUUUAAUAAUGUUCUAAGCUGCAUCUAUGGCGGAAUCGAUAUUCUGAAAGAAUCGAAUCUGGAUAAAAUCUGGGAAGCUACAAAAUGGCUGAAGAUAGAUUUUUUGUAUGAAGCCUGUGAAGCUUUUCAGUCCGAGCGUGUUGAUAAAGAGAACUGUGUUGAAAUGAUCAAUCAAGCCAAAGAAAUGGAGUCGGAAAAAUUGAGAGACGAAUCCCUUCGUGUGAUCGUAACCGAAUUCCAAGAUGUAUCCAAGAUGGACAAUUUUGUUUCCCUGAAGCCGGAUGACUUUCUUGAUGUCCUCAACGAUCGGGACUUGAAUGUUGGCUGUGAAGACCAAGUGCUUAGCGCCAUUUUGAAAUGGAUGCAGCUUUCCCCUGAGCCCACUGAAACUAAAAGUAGAGUUAUUGUGGAUCUGUUAAAAGCAAGCAGGCUAUGUCUGGCGUCUGGAAGAGCUCUUCAGAACUUGAUGGAUGUCAAUGCUAUAGCAAAGAAUAGAAAAGCUUUUAACAUUAUCCGUGAAGCCUUGCGGUAUCACCAGCAUCCAGACAGACGUAGCUAUUACUGUCCAGCUCAAGCCGUUCAUAGAUCCAGCAGCGAUUAUCAAAAUGUUGUUGUCAGUGUUUCUAGAGAUCCAAAAGGAAGCUUUGUCAUGUCCUGCAGAGACAUCUACGAAGAUUGGUACAUGCUAGAUACUCCACCACAAGCAGAAUCGUUUACAUCUCAUGGCAAAUAUAUAUUUGCAAGUGGGCAAUCUCAGCCAUCAGGUUCCGACAUUAAAGUCUCUUUUCACAGAUAUAACACACAGACAGGAAAGUGGAGCCAACUUCCCCCUUUGAAAACCAGUGCCUCCAGGUACUCCUUAAUAUGUCUAGACAAUUUUCUGUACGCCGUGGGAAUAGCAGACUCUACCACGAUAUGCAGAAUGGACAUAUCCGAAUCUACGGAGUGGUCUAAAAUUGGUGAACUUUUGGUACCAGUGAACAACAUGGUGCUUACUACGUGCGAAAAUUCUCUCAUUAUUUUGGGGAACGAGAAGAACUCUAAAGAGAUUACCCUACAGAGUUUCGACUCUGUUUCCCUGACCAGCCACGUCUACGCCGAUAAACUAUCAGCCAACGCUACGAGUUUGACAACUUUCGACACUGGCAGAAAAACGUAUGUCCUGCUCUCCAACGGCGAAGUCUGGAAAGUGAUUGCAUGUGAUUCGAAAGGAGUGCAGAUGUAUCAGAAAGGAAAGCUUUUUGAAGACGUGAUCACACUGCACUCUGCAGUCACUUUCCAAGACACUGUCAUCAUUGCAGCCAGCAACGUUCUUAACCCUCAGAUGAAGAAGAGAUUUGAAACGCAAAUUCUCGACCAAGUGAAAUCUGUAGAAAUUAUACAACGCCCAAGCAGGUGCUUGAUAAAUGCAGCUAUUCCCAGAAAUCUUUUGUCUCGACCAGAGCCUUAAGUAGGAGCUGAAACCUGCAUGAGGAGUAUAGUUCCUUUUUUUUUAAUCUUUCAACAUAUAUUUAUCAGCAUAAUUUUUUUAUUACAAUGUAUAAUUUUGGGAAAAAAAAUUUGGUGUAUUUUUCGGUUUUAAAACAAAGCAAAUAUAGAUGUGAUAUUAUUUAUGAUUUGUUUAUAUGCACAAAUUGGUAUUAAUUCCACAGAAUGAAAAGCUUUAUUGCUUUUUAGAAAGAAACAUCAUUUUUUAAAUGAAAAAUUGUGAGAAACAUUGCUAUUUCAUUCAGGUCUAUUUUAAAUCAUUCUAAGAUUUGUUAUCAUCAUGAAACACACAUAUCUACUUUUAUGAGUUGAUUACACAUUUUAUAAAUUUGCUUGCCGUUGCGACAAUCUAAGAUCGGUCUACAUUUGUAUCUAGCCAUUAAGACAAGCAAAAUAUGUUUAAAAGCAAAACUUACCUAAGGGAAGAACCAUAAAUUCACUGCGAUAUAUCUCCUCAUUAAUGUAGGAAUAAGCGCCCCUCAACGUUUUACAUUUAAAACCAAUGUAAUUAGUUACCACUGAUUGAUAGACUCGUUAAUUUUUUGCACAGUUUUUUAUUUUUACUUGAUCCGAAAAUGGUUAGUUGGAGACAAAACGACACUACAGGACGUAUUGAUGGGAAUCUAUAAUAUUAUCUGCCAUGUAGAUGGCAAGGUCUGAUAGAGAAAACUGUACUAUUUUUACUAUUGCAUAUUUGUAAAAUACCAUCGACUAAGACUAAGACUGCUUUAUUGAUCCUUACGGAAAUUUGUUGUGAUUACAGGGACUCUUUCCUCAUAGGAAGACAACACAACUGACUGGUAUAUCGAUACAUAUCUUUAAUUAACGUACGUAUUCGCAUGAAAUUUCGUACACAGGUUCCUUUUACCCCCCCCCUCACUCCCAAGAUGCUUGCUAUGAACUAAAUUUUGACAUAUUCGCAGCUUGACGACAGCUAAUAGCGAAAAAACCGCAAGCUUUUUAUCAAACCUUUUUAUUUUACUUUCGAUAUUUCCCAAAAAGCCGCAAUCUAUAAAUAAAGGAUUUUUAAAAUUUGACACAAAAUCCGAAUUUGUUUUCCCUAAGUCCAUUUUAUUUUUAAGAAUAACUCCAUAGAUCAGGCCAAUCCUUUUAAAAAGUUGCAUUUCAAUUAUAUUUCAACGUGAUUCUACACAUAUUUAAAUGCAUUUGAGUGUCCUAACAAUAUUGGUUCAUGUCUGUUUCUUCAAAUCUGAACUUGGCUUCUUUGUGAUUAAACCAGGCUCAGAGAAACAAAACAAAGGCAAGCGAACGAUUCUUAGAUCCAUAUUACUCAAGCGAAAAUGUUAUUGUACCAUUUUAUUAUGUACUGGUAUCCUUUUUAUAAUGUAAUUCCCCUUUCAGAUCACGUGGUGUAUAGGGCAGAUAAUGUUAAGGCGAUCUGUUUCUGUGGCCUCAGGUUAAAAAGGAUGUCAUAUCAGAGCCGGCCCUGGAUAAUUGGAGGUCCUAGGCGAAGUGAAUUUGGUGGCCUCAAAUGAAAUAAAGAAAAAAGUUACACCGAAAAAAUAACACAAUUUAUUAAAAAAUAAAAUAACACAAUUUAUUAAAAAU